UGUUUCCCAACCGCGUUUGACUCUGUUCUGCGCGUCGGACAACAUGGAAUGUUGGGAUGCUGGAGGCGGCCGGCUGGGCCCGCCAUCCAACUUGGCCGCCUCUUCAGACCCCAUAGCACUUCCAUUACCCCCAUAUCAUCUCUCACCGCCCUCCAUGCAUUCCUAGCCCCAACAAACCUUGCCUCCAAGACACCUGCAAUUUCCUAUACCGCCAAGGACUUGCAUAAACUCUAUUUGGACGUCAAGUCCCUCCCUCCGCGUCGUAAAGGACACCCGCUCAACACUUACGAGCUCAAUGAACUGCUGGCAUUAUUUGGGACUCUUUCCAUCCGGCCACCGCGUCAAAAAUGUACAUACUUGCACCAAUUUGCGUCCCAUCUUCGUCCAUCCCCUUUUCGCACCUACUGGGCCCUUGUCCUGGAACUGGCCCAAGAAAUUCGUGUGCGAACGCCUCGACAACCGCUUACUGGAACACAUCACUACUGGGUCAUGCGCGCCUUUCUUUCUCGAGCCAGCUCAACGCCAAAGACUCCCCGUGACCCUUUAGAUGAGGCAACUUCCUAUUACCUUCGUAUUCGCAACACCCCCGAUUCUGAGGUCCACAUCCCAUACCUCUAUACCAUGCUCAAACUACGACGUCAUACCCACCUUCCGCAGACCGUACGGCUUUUGUGUCGCGCUCUCACUCGUCAUCCGUUUCCUAAUCGCCGACUUGUCAACCUGCUUUGGGAAGUAGUACUGGGAGACAGUCGUCUAGUCACCGCAGAGCUGCAGGAAAUGAUACUCCUAUCGAUUUCCACUCGUCUGACGUCCAUUCCCAAACCUCUCCAAACACAGUCCGUCAAAACCACAACUUUGACGCGACUAGCUGACGCCCUUACGAUGCAAGUGUUCCCUUGCUACCACGUCCCGCUUCCUACUGUAGUCACCCAAUGGACCGCGACAAUUGCCAAAGAAGCUUUUGAUCCUUCUCUUCCUAUUGCUUCACGAUGGAUCAACUUAACCCUCCUGGCCCUCCACGCGUCUCCCGCCACAAUCCCCCAUGAUGCAUCUGACGGCCAUGAUGGCAAGGCUCAUCCAGUUCUCAGCACCAUCCUCGGCCUCGUGACAUUGGAGCGCUCCAUUCAGCCCAAUCAAGGGGAGAGAGUGCGAGGGACCUUGCGACAUAUAUGGCUUGAAUGGAAGACAGUCGUUCAAGUUCCUCGAACGGUUCGUGGUGCUGUGAUGGCGGCGUUCUUCCAUCUGGCAGGGCAAACAUAUGACAAACGGCUUGUGGAGGUCUGUCGCCAGUAUUGCCUGUCCCAUUCUUUGUGGAACUCAGCUCCAUUGGCUGUUCUCGUCAACUACGCCCACGCUAUGCUAUCAACGAGAAUGUUGCGUUGGGAUGACUUGUUUGACUCCAUUCCUGUAGAAAGGCAAGCUAGCGUUGCCGGCUCGUUGCUGGAGUCUUUGGUCAACCUGGACAUGAACACUGCGCAAGGAUUGUUCGCUUUCUGUCAGCACAAUAAUAUCGCUACCUCUGGUCGUUUUGUUCAUACUCUUGGGCUUGUUGUCGCUCGGACCUAUUUUCCAAGUCAGGCCAUUGCUCUCCUCCGCGACAAGACUUUGUCGUCAGAUCAGUUGGAAGACCUCUUCAAUCGAAUUAUGGGCACCUUGCGACGGGAGGCACACCCUUCACGUGAUAUUCCAUUAGCAAAUGAGUUGUGGUGGACUCUGAAGAAGCUCUAUAUCGACAGUGAAAGGACACCGCACGACAAUGUCAAAUUUUCCAUUCGUUAUGCGCUCGUAAUUCUAGCUGAUUCGAACUAUCCUGUUCAAGCAUCUGUCCUUCUAAAAGCUCUCUACAAGCGGCAACCCAGCUUUUUCAGCAGUCAUUAUUUUCUCCGGAUGAUGCGUGUUCUUGUCAAACGCAGACGCGUUGCAGCAGUGUCGUUACUCGAGCCAAUGAGGAGUUUCCCCUUACUCACGCGACUCAACUUCCGUCGGAAAUUGGCUUUGCGUUUGGCACAGACUGGUGCGCACACUUUGGCUGGAUAUGCUUGGCGGUCUGGAGGCAAGAUAGGGCAGAGAAGAUCGGGUCGGGAACUGCUCGCUCGUGCUGUUCGUUUUCGCGUCAAUAUCCGAGAUGGCCGGCCCCUUCGACCAUGGGCUGGGAGGAUUAUGGCCAUUCUACGUCGACGUUUUAAGGAGCCCAAAACUGUGGAGUUUGGCGUGUUUUUGCUUACUCGCAUUGGACGAAUACGUGAUGCUAAACGUAUUCUGGAGGAAGUUCAAGCAUCUGGGCUAGACUCAAGCACAACAACACGACUCGGAAAUGCGAUUCUCAAUGGCGCCCUUCAUCGCUCGAAGAGCAAGAAUGCGCGAUUAGUCCGUCAUGUUCUUAACAACCGCGAACAGCUUCACAAGAGCGUUGGCUUCCGGGCAGAUCGUGUCACUGUGAAUAUCAUCGUCAAGGUUCUCUUGCGGUGGCCACGGUAUAUGGACACACAGCACAUUCGCAGGUUAUUCGAUCACAUGAUUCGCAUGGGUUACCCAGCUCCUGGUGGGCCUCCAUUUCACACGAGAGGAUCUCCGCCGAGCGCUGUAGUUGCGUUAGAGCUUCCGCCGUUUAUUUCAUUCGAGCGACAUGUGGUGCCUCUCUACAAAAUGUUCAUUAAGGCGCUGCAUCUACAAGGCGAUGCAGAGGGAGCAGGAAUGGUUGUAGGUAUUCUUCAGGCGACUCACAUGACCGUGAUCACCUCGCCUCAAUCAGCCUCCAUGAGCAACAAACGCAAGCUUGCAGACGCAUUCACGGCGCUCGACAAUGCCGUGGAUCCACCGCCUGCUGCAAAACGUCAGAAUACGACGAGCCGUUCACUAUAUGCGACGCUGGCCAAAUACGGCGUGAAAUCCAAGCCUUCUACUACUCCUUCAUCCCUCAGAAAGAGCACGCCUCACCUGACUGCUGUUUUGGCCCGUGCAGCAGCCAGAACGCGGAAAGUCUUUCCUUUCGCGUCAACUUCGCAGCCCCUUCCACCGACAGCUGAGUAUCGCCCCUCCUCCGUCUCGUCUUUCCUGGCCCGUCUCGCCACAUUCAAAAUCGCGACAUACUCGCUUAAGCCGGCCCAAAUCGAUGCUGUUGCCGCCGCCAAGUGUGGCUGGACCAAUGAUGGCAAAGACAGACUGGUCUGUGGGUUGUGCGGUGUUUCAUGGGUUGUAGCAGCCAGAGACGGAAUGUCAAAGGAAGCAGCGAAUGCCCUUGUUGAGAAACAGCGUGCGUCGCUCGUGGAUUCUCACAAAAAUGGGUGUCCAUGGAAGACUCGUCAAUGCGACCCUUCUAUAUACCGUGUUCCUCUUCAAGCACCUUCGGCGAUGAUACGAGACCUGAAAAAGAAUGCGGUCGUCCUGGACCCAAUAAUGCAACAGAUUGAGGUACAACAUCCACUCUCAGCGAGCCAGCUGGAGGCUCUGCGUUCUGCUGUUCAUGAGUUCAAGACCAUAACGCUUGACGACGACGAAGGUAUUAGUGAACAAACAUAUUCUGACGACGAGAAGCCUUCCGAUACUGCCCUUCUCACUGCUCUAUUCGGAUGGACACCCACUCCUCCUUCUAGUGAACAGCGCUUUCCCUCAAUAUCGCGGCCAAUGUCGCGUGCUAGCUCACCAUUUCCGUCCACGCCUAUUCGCCCAUCUCUAGCCAAACUCCCUUCCACUCUAACACCGGCUGCGACGCCUGGAAUUUCAUCUACACCACCCAGCACUCCUCCUCGACAGUUCCUGCGUCGAAUGUCAGGGAGCAUAUCUUUUGCCUCGCCAAAACGCGAAGUCUCUACUUUGCAUUGCGAGCUUUGUCAGCGACGUAUUGGGCUGUGGGCCUUUGCCCCCCAACCGGAGCCGCCCUCUACCCCUCCCCCAGCCAACGCACGGCCACCUCCUCCAAGGCGACAGUUGGAUCUACACAAAGAGCAUCGUUCUUUUUGUCCAUAUGUUGUCCGUUCAACACAAUUGGCCUCCUUACCUUCAGCAGACGCCACCCCUUCAUCGUCUCCGACAGAGGGCGUUGUUGAAGGCUGGCGUGCCGUCUUAAACAUCAUCAGACGUUAUGGGUCUGUUCAGCGGCAACGAACAGCGUCAUUGAGACGUAAACAGGGACUGGCUCCCAUGGAUGUCGACGGCGAUGCCAUUGAUAAUGUGGAAGCCAUGAUGACGACGGUGAAAAAGCAAGGGGGACAGAAUCUACUUUCCUAUGUAAAGGGGUUGCUUGGUUAG